GCAGCUCUCGGUGUUUCUUGGUGCGGAGCGGCAGGGGGGCGGCACAGAGGCGGCAGCGUGCGGCGGCGGAGCGGCAGAGCGAUGCUGAGAGCGCGGCAGGAUGUCUCCUUCCUCUUCCUCGUCCUGGAUCCGGACUCUCCGAGCCUUCCUCCUCCUGCUGCUGCUGCUCCUUCCGCCGUGCCAACUUCAUCCGCAGCCGUGCCACGUUCUGGCGCAGAUCGGACACACGGUGCGCGUCGGUGCGCUCCUGCCGGCUCAGCGGGCGGCUCGCGUCCAGGUCCAGGCUGCGCUGAGCCGCGCGGCGGCGGCGCUGAGCCGCGAGCGGGACCCGGAGCGGGACCCGGACAGGGACCGGGUCAACCACCUGCCCUACAACCUGAGCCUGGAGCUGGUGUCCCGGCCGCUGUCCGCCGCCGACCCGGAGUCGCUGCUCCGCGGCGUGUGUCAGGGCGUGGCGGUGCAGGGAGUGUCGGCGGUGCUCGCCUUCCCGCAGAGCCGCGACGAGCUGCUACAGGUGGACCUGAUGGCGUCCUUCUUGGAGGUUCCGUUCCUCAGCGUCCUGGAGCACGGGGAGCCGCUGCGCACGCAGAACCAGUUCCACCUGCAGAUGGUGACGGGGGUCCCAGAGUCCGGCCUCUCCGAUCUGCUGCUGACGGUUCUGCAGCGGUCCGGUUGGAGGGAGGGUACUGCGGUUCUGUGCCGGGGCUGGGAGGAGGCUCAGGGUCUCCUGCAGCUCCUGGACCAUCAUGGUCCACAUGUCCAUGGAUCAUCAUGGGGUGGCGGGGGCGCCGUCAACUGGCACCUCCGAGCCCUCCUGAACCUGACACAGUCGUCUCACGAUGACACACAGAUCCACGACUUCCUGUCCCGACACUUCAGACAGAACCAGCCCCCGCCGGCGUCGGUGAUCCUGUUCGGGGCCGACCCUCAGUGCGCGGCGGCGGUGCUGCGCAGCGCUCAGGACCUGGGCUUGACGUUACCCAUGGUGCACUGGGUUCUGGGACAGCCGCUCAGCCCUGACGCCUUGCACGCCAUCGGACUGCCGCUGGGCCUGUUGGCCUACGGAGAGGUGGGAAGGAAACCACUGGACUUCUACGUCAGAGACGCCCUGCAGCUGGUGACCAGAGCUGUAGCUGCAGCCACCAUGGUGAGACCAGACCUGGCUCUGAUCCAGAACAUGGUGAACUGCUACGACAAAACCAGCAAACACGAGGCGCCAUCGUCUGGACAGUACCUGUCCAGGUUCCUGUCCAACACAUCGUUCUCUGGACUCACGGGUCCAAUCCGAGUCCACCAGAACUGGUCUGAGGUUCUGACCUCACAGCGGUUCCACAUCUGGAGCCUUCGGCGGGAUGCGCUGGGUCAGCCCACCUGGGUGACGGUGGGCAGCUGGGAGGGAGGCCAGCUCCAGGUGGAGGACCAAGGGGUCUGGCAGGGGCCCAGAGUUCGCCAUAAGGCCGAAGGGGUCGGUGGGAGGACCAGGGUCAGCUGGAGGGCAGGGAUGCCAGUUGCAGGGAGUCGGGUUAGGGUGGUGACCCUAGUGGAACAUCCCUUCGUCUUCACUCGGGACGUGGACGAUGAGGGCAGCUGUCCGGCCGGUCAGUUCUGCCUGGACGCCAGCACCAACAACUCAGAGACUCUGGACCGAUAUUUCAGGGAGGUGGCGGACGGGAACGGCAGCUUCCUGCCGACAGACUACAGCAAGUGCUGCUAUGGAUACUGCAUCGACCUGCUGGAGAAGCUGGCGGAGGACAUGGGCUUUGAGUUUGAUCUUUAUAUCGUUGGAGAUGGGAAGUACGGAGCUUGGAAGGGGGGCCGCUGGACCGGGCUGGUGGGGGACAUUUUAAAUGGUCUAACAGACAUGGCUGUGACCUCCUUCAGCAUCAACUCAGCUCGGAGUCAGGUGAUCGACUUCACCUCGCCCUUCUUCUCCACCAGUCUGGGCAUCCUGGUCCGCAGUAAGGACACCGCGGCCCCCAUUGGGGCCUUCAUGUGGCCCCUGCACUGGUCCAUGUGGGUGGGAAUCUUCCUGGCACUGCACAUCACGGCGCUGUUCCUCACGUUGUACGAAUGGAAGAGUCCGUUUGGUAUGACGCCUCACGGACGCAACAGGAUGAGAGUCUUCUCGUAUUCAUCGGCCCUCAAUCUGUGCUACGCAAUCCUGUUUGGACGCACCGUCUCCUCCAAGACGCCCAAGUGCUGGACGGGCCGUUUUCUGAUGAACCUGUGGGCCAUCUUCUGCCUGCUGGUGCUGUCCAGCUACACCGCUAACCUGGCUGCCGUCAUGGUGGGAGAGAAGACCUUUGAGGAGGUGUCAGGGAUCCAUGAUGCCAAGCUGCAUCAUCCGUCGCAGGGUUUCCGUUUUGGGACGGUGAGGGAGAGCAGCGCUGAGGAUUACAUGAAGAAGAGUUUUCCAGAGAUGCACGAGUACAUGAGGCGCUUCAACGAACCGACCACGCCUGAAGGAGUCGCCACCCUCAAGACAGAUCCUCCUCAGCUCGACGCCUUCAUCAUGGACAAAGCUCUGCUGGACUAUGAAGUUUCCAUCGACGCCGACUGUAAACUGGCGACUGUUGGGAAACCGUUCGCCAUUGAAGGUUAUGGUAUCGGUCUCCCUCAGAACUCUCCUCUGACCUCCAACAUCUCAGAGUUCAUCAGCAGAUAUAAGUCAGACGGAUACAUGGACCUGCUGCACGACAAGUGGUACAAAGUGGUUCCCUGUGGGAACCGAGUGUUUGCCGUCACCGAGACUCUUCAGAUGGGGAUCAGUCACUUCUCAGGGCUCUUCGUCUUGUUGUGCGUUGGAGUGACGGGAGCUCUGCUGACUCUGGCAGGUGAACAUGGUUUCUACCGACUCGUCCUGCCUCACAUCCGUCGUCGACAGAACCUGAAGUACUGGCUGCACACCUCACAGAAGAUCCAUCGAGCUCUGAACAUGACGUAUGAAGACGUGAAGAAGCAGCGAACUGAGAAAGACAAAAGCUGUAACCUGCAGAAGUCUCCUCCUGCCCCUCCGGUUCCUGGAGCUUCGGCCAAGUGGAACAACGAGAUGACUAAAGACGCUGCUGUUGCUGCCGCCGUCGACGCCCGGGACUUCAAACGAGUCCACUUCAACCUGGAGACUCUCAACACGCGUCGUCUGCUCGCUCGCAUCGCUUCCUCCGAUGCCAAAGCGGGCGGAGCUGAGGGAGAAGGGCCAACCAAGCCGAGGGCGGGGCCAGCCAAGCCGAGGGCGGGGCUAAACAGCAAGUUGUGUGAGAAUGGAGGGCCGGCGGCUUCAUUGGCCACCUUGAUACGCUCCCUUCCCUCCUCAUCGUCCUCCGCCCAACCCAAUCCCUCCACUGCGCCUCCUGCAGCGGUACCUUCCGCUCCUGCACCUGUAGCCCCUCCCCCCGUGUCGUCAUCGGCUGCAGUUGCCCCGCCCCCCGCCCCUGUAGUCCCGCCCCGCCCCGGUGAGCUGCAGGAGCUUCAGGAACAAAUCGACGAGAUGAGGGAGAAGCUGAGGACGGCUCUGGCCAGGAGGGCCGAGAUCCAGACCACCCUGGCCAAACCUGUUGCCACGGUGACGAACAGUCCAUCUCCAGUCACCACAGCGACCACAGUGACAACAACAACAACCACAACAACAACAACCACCACCACCACAGGAGCCCCGCCCACCUCCUCACCCCCCAUCGUCCCGGUAACUCCCCUCCCCGCCAACACAAAGUGUGUGAUGACCAUGACAGACCCGCCCCACAAAGUCCUGUCCAAAGUCCGGCCCCUCCAGAGCAGACUGGCCAAUCAGAGGAGGUGAUGCCCUCUGCUGAGGUCACAUGACUAUUACCCACGGUGGCCAUUUUAACCAAACAAGAGGAAAUGAAUUUGUUUUGUUUUUAAAUAGCAACGCCAUCACAACUGCAAAGAACUUGUUUGGACAGAAAACGGAACCGGCCAAUCAGACAGUGAGUUUCACCAAAUUAAAAUCUUUUAAUCCAAGCUGAUGAUCCAUAACCAAUAAUCAUCUUCAUCACUGUCAGCAUAGGCCAAGAAUCAUAAUUUACCUAAAAUUUAAAAAAUGUGCACUUUAAGGAAGUUAUUUAGAUGAUUUUAAAGCACAAAUUAAUGUUUUGUACUCGUUUGUCCAAAAAAAAACCUUUCAGAAGCCCUUUAAUAGAUCCCAUGACUUCAACUAUCUACCACGGAUUAGCUUUAAACUAAUGGUGUUUUUAAGGGGUGGUGAAUCAAAUUCAUCAAAAAAUUAAAGAUUUACUCUUGAACUGUUGAGAGAAUCAAGGAUGUCCUUGAUUCAUGACAUCCCCAACCUACGGCGUUUCCUGGUUACGUCACCAUCUCCCAUCAAUUUAUUAGGAAAGCCUUGUUCCAUCAGUCAAACAUACGGCGUUUGUGACAAAAACAAGACACUGUAAACAAAAACAAGACACAAAAUGACAAAAGCGAGACAUAAAUUUACAUAAACAAGACAUAAAAUGACAAAAACUAGACACAAAACAACAAAACUAGACAUAAAAUAAAAAAACAAGACAUAAAAUGACAAAAACAAGACAUAGAAUGACAAAAACAAGACACAAAUUUACAUAAACAGGAUGUAAAAUGAUGAAAACGACACAAAGCAACAAAAACGAGACAAACGACAUCAAAUGACAACGAGACACAAAACUACAAAAACGAGCCAAAAUGACAAAAACAAGACACAAAACGACGAGUCAGGAAAUGACAAAAACAAAACAGAGUGACAAAAACAAGACAAAAACCAACACAAACAAGACACAAAAGGACAGAAACAAGAAAAGAUUCCCGCUUGACCUGUUGAGAGAAUCAGUUUAAACUUCCUUCAUACAGGAUGUCCUCGGUUUACGACGUCCUCGACCUACAGCGUUUCAAGGUUACGUCACCAUCUCCCAUACAUUUUUUAAGAAAAUCUUGUUCCAUCAUUCUGAUGUACAGCGUUUGCGAAGUUUAAGCAAAUCUCGCGCGGGAACUAGUUGACGUCGUCAAUGAGGAAGACGACUUUGUCUACAUUUGUCGGUUGUACGCCACAUUGGAUUGUGCUGCAUUCGCUUUCUUUCGUUUAGUUUUGCUUUUUUGAAAGUUUACCUAGAAUGCACUUUAUAAACUUUUCUCUAGCCUCAUAUCAUCACACUGUCAGGACUGUACAUUCACUGUAGGAGUCCAAACAACCACAAAGAGACACAAAUAAUCAGGAAAACACACAAAUCCAUCACAAAAAGACACAAAACUGCCUUGAAAGUUUACCUAGAAUGCACUUUUUAGGAUUUUCUCCAGCUUUAGUUUCAGUUAAACAAAACAUGUUUGAAAAUUACUUAAAAAGUAAAUUGUCCAAAAUUACUAUUUUUUUGAAAAAAAAAAAGAAUUAUGUCUAAAAUUACUGAUAUUCAAAGCAUCAUUUAAAUUGUUCAAUAACUCAAAAAUCAUUCAAAGCUCCUGAAAAACUUCUUCAGAAUGACACAAUAAUCAUCCAAAUGUGUUGGUCAACAAAAAUUAGUCAAACUUUGUCCAAAUGGACUCAACAUUUAUUCAAAAUCAGAUGAAAAUCCACCUAAAUGACAGAAAAAUCAUCCAAAAUGAGUUUUUAUUUUGCUAAAACCAACCACCUGCCAACAUGCUGGAGGCUUUGUCUACGUUCACUGGUUGGACGCCACAUUAGAUUUUGCUGCAUUCACUUUCAUUUGUUGCUUUUUGGAAACUUUUUGUCCUUCAUUACAGCAAAAAGUCAAUAUGUCAUUAUUAUUGUUUAUACUGUAUAUACUUUUUAUGUCCUAGAUUCUGAUUUUACCACUGUGUGAUUGUAGCUGAGUGACAUAGGUACUUAUGUACACAUGUGAGUUCAUCUGAUGGAGAAAAUCAGGUUGCAUCACACAGCAGGAAUGGAGUUCUGACGUAAAUCAAGAUCCCCCUGUAGUUUAAAAUUAUUUUUCUUAUUUAUUCAGUAUCCUACAGAAAACACAUUUUACUUACAUAAGGCAUAUGUGGGUCAUUCCAGAACUGGAGGACAUUUGGGCUACAAGAUUUUUGAAAAAUCAACCUUCUCUUUUCCAGUUUUCUGCUCCGUAUUGAUCAAUAACAGGUAUUGAUUGGCUCAGCUUACACAUCAACGGUAGCAUUUGUAUUCCAUGUUUUCUGUGUUGUUGCUAACCCUACUCUAAUCCAUGCUAAUGUGAUCUUUUUCUCAGCAGUAGAAGCUAGAUAUUUAGCUAGCUGUUACUGCUGACCACUGAUGGAAAACAGUCCAAAGAAUGAGUCUGAUCCUGAUAAUAUGAGGUAGAGAGAGACGUUCAAUCAAGGCUGACAAUGGAUGAAAAGAUGGAAAACAGAAGAGAGGACAUAGCUUUGAUCUACACAUUCUGUAGGAACACUGAUGGAGGAUGGAAACGACAAAAACAAGACAGAAAAUGACAAAAACGUCAUCAACAGGUUAUGUUAACAUGACACUCAUUGCAUAAGUAAUAUAAGUUGUGUUGUUAUAUGUUGUGUUGAUUAAAAGUAUGUUCCCACAAUUGCAAGAGUCAUCAAUGAAAAAACAAAACCAAAAAAGGAGAUUUAAAUUCAAACUUUUUUUAUUAGAGAUCCAGUUUUGUCAUCAUGGGGGUGGACAAGAGAAAAAUGUCAUUUUAGUGGUAACUCCAGACUUAUUUGGUAUUAUUUUUGGUAUUAGCUUUUUAAAAUUUAUUCUCAGGACAAGAACUUUUACAAAACAACUGCAUGUUUUAGUAUUUUAGAUUCUUUGAAAGUUGAUGGGUGGGACGUGAAAUGUCCUCCAAUUCUGGAAUGAUCCAUGUACAUAUUUAUUUUUUGAACAUAUUUUUAUGCAUUUGGUAGCUAAACUGAAACGUUUAGCUUAAAUUUGUUUCCACUGUAAGUCGCUGUUUGAACGUUGAAAGAUAUUAAUGCUGUUUCCUCCUGAGGCUGGUUAAAAUGGCCACAGUGACCAGAACUGAGGAGCAUUUGUGGCUUUGGGAACCUUUUUAAAAUCUGACUGCAGAAAUCGGACAUCCUGCGAGGCAUCAGCUGAAAAAAACUACUGGAAGAAAACACACGAGCAAAUACGAGGUGAUUCAGACAAACAGAGUUGUGCUCCAGAUCUGAUUCACAUCCAGCAGAAGUGUUGGUGUUGAUGCAAUAAAACAGUUUGUUCUUCAUGUAGAGAAGUAAAACCUCUUUAUGUCACAUGGACACGACCACUGGGGAUAGAUACUGUAUGUUGAAGGUUUUUUAAUGUAUUCACUUCACAGUUUAUAAAAACCCCUAAAAGUGACCACAGAGCCUGAAGCCAUCACUGAAUUUUACCCUUAAUGUCCUAGAUUCCUGGUGUGAGGACGCCGGCAUCCACAGUUUGUUUGAAAUAAAUCAUUGUCACAUGAAUCUGAACCAAAGUCGGUGUUUUACAAACACAACUCUCAGAAUUAUCAGCAGCUUCUGCGCAACAGAUUGGUGAAAAGUUCAGAAUUGUUUUCCUUGUGGAGAUUUUAAAUCACUUUAAAUGUCCUUUAAUGUCCAUAUGAUGCUCAGCUCUAAUGAAAACAGAAGGGAAAUUGGAACAUAUUAUUAUUAAAUACCAAAGAACAGCAGCUCUUAACUUCUUGUUUCACAUAUUUAUGGUGAUCAGUCAAUCACUUGCGUCCGAUGGAAUCGGUGACAUGAAUAAAGUUCUCCAUCCAGUUCCCUCUGUCCAGCAUUGCUGUCAAAAGGUCUUUGCCUUCCAGACCAGUGUCCUCCGAUAGUAUCCGGUUUUCAUACCAACGACCAGCUGCUUCGUUGUGUCUCCACAUGUCCAUCCAGGGCUGGUCUUUGUUGCCUAAUGAUGGUUGACCAGCGUGCAUGUGGACCGUACAGCGACUUGUUGGUGAGGUGUGAUUUCCAGAUGUUUUGUACCAUCCUUAACAUUCUGGUAUAGGUCCCAUCAAUCAUUUUUGAGAGUGUUUUUGUUAGUGGCCAGGAGUCAGAUCCAUAAAACAAGAUGGAUUCCACUGACGCCUUGAAUACUCUCAGUUUGGUUGUUUUAAUUGGUGAUACUCAUAUUUUUGACAGAGAAUUCAGUGUCCCUAAACUUUACCUAUUUUUGUGUCAAUAUCAUGUGCUGUGUUGGCGCCAAAGGUCUGGGUCCUCUUUUUGCAGCUAACCCUCGUAUCUGAGGUCCGUUCUUCUAUCCGCCACCUGAGGAUCCAUGGAUGGGAGUUGUCAUCUCCACACCACUGUGGUUUUUAUGGUUAUAAGCUGCUAAUCAUUCUGAGAGGUAUGUUAAUGUGAUACAGAUGUUAGUUUGGGUUCAUGAAAACCCUGUAAAUAAACUGGAUGGCGGCGUUCACCCAGCAGGUGUCGCUGCUGUACAGAGGGGUCCGUCUAAAAAGGCCUUAAUCUUAAAACAAAGGAAUGAACUUUCACAUUGUUUGGUAAAUUUUAAUGUUGGAGCUGGCAGUAUUUUCUCUUUUUUUUCUUCUGCAUCAUUGGGUGAAACGUCCAUAACUUUUUUAUCAUGUUGUAUUUCAAGGGUCUAAAUGGAAACGAGACUCCUGCUCUUCUUCCUGUAACCUGUGAUGAGAGAGCUCAGCCAAUCACAGGCUUCCCUCUCAGAUCAGGUGGGCAAAUUACAUCAUGGUGCGACGGGAUGAACACAGGACUUUGACUCAGGACAGCAGCACUGGGAUCCUGUGUGGAACGUUACUGACUUUGAGCUUGAGUCAUUUUAACACAUUUAAAGCGUCUUCCUGGUCAGAGUAGACUGAGGGAGGAGGCCGUGUUUUCAAAUUCUGGUGUUUUCUUCCAGAUUACUGGAAGGUUUAAGCAAAACCUUUAAUUAGGUCAAAUGAUCAAUUCCACCUCUUAUUAAUAUAUUCCUGUGGAUAAGUAGGUCCAUCACCAAAACUGAAUAUUAGAUUUCUUGGCUUGAUUUUUUCUGCUUAAAAAGCCUUAGACUGUGCACAAAAUCAUUAUCAUUAUUACGACUUUUUGAUUUGUCCCCUUCAAAUACCAUAAUAGGAAUAAAUUCUACUUAAUUUCCACGUAGUUUAGGCGUUUCAAAGGAAUUUCAACGGAACAGAAAAGAGAAUGGCACCUGUACUCCAAAACCACAACUAUGACUUCAUUUUGAAGUAUAUUUGCAGCAUUAAGCUGUUUCUAUUGUGAUUUUUUAGUAGCCCUGUAAUAAGAGAACAUACAAUAUAAAUACACGAAUUAAUAGAUUAAUAUUAUUACAAUAUUUAAUGGAUUAGCUGCACAGUUGAAAGGCUUUUCAAGUGGCAAAAAAAAAAACUAAAAUUCUCCAAAUAACACGACAGCAUCCCUUAAAUAAAACAAAACAGUGCUUCAAAGUGUAGGGAUGUUAAUCCUGCUCUUUGGAACAUUUUAAGGGGCGACAUCUUUGUAAAGAAAGAUUUUCCUAUAAAACCCCCCUUUAUUACAGUCCACUGUUUUGCCGGCUAAACCGAUUAUCUGUAGUCUCCAAACCUCCCCAAACUACAGAAUUUGCUUUCAGGAGGGUUUGGUGUUUAUUUUCCAGAAUUCUAUUAAAACUAUUGUAACAGAUUACAAUGAAGAUGUAUCGAGUAUUAUUUAUCCCUUUUAAAAUGUUUUUUACCCUUGAAGAACCUCACAAUGCAACGAAGCAGUUUAAAGCACUUUGUAGAUGAAGGUGUUUUAUUUUUUUAAAUACUUUAAAUCUGUGAUCUUAUGAUGUAUUUUACAAGAUUAUCUGCACAGAGCUAAUGAGUGGACGAUUAAACCAUUAUGAUGAAAUAUC